CCCUUGGAAGAUCAACAUGGAUUUCAAUGCUACCACAGUCGAUUCGAACCGAAAGAAACUCUACGAUGUUCUCAUAAUUGGCGGAAGCUACGCUGGUCUUUCAGCGGCGCUUACACUUUAUCGCGCUACCCACACAUGCCUUAUCUUUGAUUCAGGAGUCCCCCGUAACGCAAAAUCUACUCAGACUCGCUUGACAUCGGGAUGGGAAGGCGAAGAUCCCAAAACCAUGCGCGAGAAGUCGCGAGCCGAGCUUGAAAGCUCAGGGCUUGUGGAUUUCGUGGCCAGUAGCGUCCAAACAGCGAGAAAGUUGGAAGACGGGACAUUUCAAGUGGCUGACGGGAACGACAAAAUUUGGAAUGGUCGGAAGAUUUUACUCUCUACUGGCGUCAACGAGAUCUAUCCGCAGAUCCCUGGAUAUGCAGAGAACUAUGGCACGUCCAUCUACUAUUGCAUGUUCUGUUUUGGCUAUGAACAGCGUGGCUCUCGAACGGCGGGUCUGCUCGCCAGUGGUCAACUCUCUCACCCUGGUCAUGCCCUCACCAACGCACAGGACGCGCAUAAAUUUGCGGAAAGUGUCACAAUCUUCACAAACGGGAGUCCUGCACUUGCAGAUGAGCUGUCCCAAAAGACAGUGGCGGGCAUUCGAGUCAAUGAUCAGAAGCUCAAACGGUUCAUUAAAGAGCCAGAUGCCGACAAUAUCAAGGUAGAAUUUGAGAACGGCGAGAUAGAGAGCUUCUCGUUUUUAGUUCAUAAACCUGAUCUUGAGAUCGAUGCUAGCCUACCUAAACAGCUGGGCCUCGAGUGUGUCCCAGGGUUCGGUAUCAAGGUCACGCCACCAUUCAACCAGACAAGUGUAGAGGGGGUUUAUGCUGCAGGCGAUUGCUGCUCACCUUUGAGAAUGAUACCUAAUGCUAUGAACAUGGGUGCCUUCGCCGGCUGUGGAUUAGCAAGGGAGCUGCCCCGUGGCGCCUUUGUAAUGCCCGAGAAAGUAAAGGAAUCAUCAGGUUUGGUAGAGAGUACUGCUAUUCAGAUUUGA